UUGGCAGUUAUAGAUUUAAUCUACUCCCGCAAUGACGCUCUCCACGUCAACCCUCAGGGCGGCCAAUCUCACCUCUCCGAGGAAGGCUCUGACUGGCUCUGGGCUAUUAUGGCCUGCUUCAGCCUCGCCUUCCGCUCGGAGCUUCUCCGAACGACUCGAUUAGCGCGUCUCGCCAGAGCUUUGGCUAGACACCUAUACUAUUUUAUCGCCCUCGUAUCCCCCUCAUACACUCUAUAA